AUAUUUAACUAGUUAGUAAUGUAGAAUUUUCUUUUGUAACUUUGUCUUAUUAUGUGAUGUGUCAGCUCAGCUAACAUCAUUGAACAUAAAUGAAAUCCUAUCCUAAAUGUAAUUUAAGUCAGGUGGCAAAUUUGGUUUUGAGACUAUUGUCGUUUUUAAAUAGUCAUAGACAAAGUCAUAGACAUUCAUAUUUAAGAUGUGUAACAUCUGUCUGUCUUAGGGAAAUGUGUUACCUGCCUUAUGGUAAAGUCUUAAUGACCAAAUUAAUGUUUAUUAGCAUGCUAAUCGCUAAUCAUGAGUUAAGCUAAUUGCUAAUUAGCCACCAUGCUGGGCGGACUUUGGCAAGAAUAUGUACAAGUUACCUCUGUGUCCAGAAUGUAAACUCACAUAGUUCAUGUUAUUUUAAGCUAAAUGCCAAAGGAAUAUGUUGCUUUAGACAUCAUGGUUUUACUCCUUAUGUUAGGGAGUAAAGUGUGUUUUGCAUUUAAUAUAAGUUAGAAUGAGCUAUAAAACAGAACUCUUAUUGUUUAGCAAAGUCAGCAUCACAUUCACUGUCCAAUGGAUAUUACUGUGAUGGAUAUUACAUGGCCAAUACAAACGUGGGUUCAUAUAAUCUUUAAAAUGGAUGGCAUUUCAAUUAGGUUUUUGUAUAUGUAUAUUUGUUUUAAAUGUAAACAUACUGCAUACAACAUGUGGGUUAUUCUGUAUCAAAUCAGACAGAAUCCAGGAAAGUGCAGCAUGAUCUCAGAUUUUGUUUUUUGGCCCUUGAUAUUUUUUAAUUUUUAAACUCUCAAAAAGGUAUUAUCUGGGAAGCCAUGUUUGACAUUAAUAUCUUGAAAAGUAUUAUUCCUAGCCUCAUCAAACUUUGUAGGAUCGAAGACAAACAUGUUCUCAGUAUGACCGAACCAUCAAAAGUACUACAUGCCUAUUGAUUUUCUAUCAGGCCCCAGAUUUGGAGAAAAAAAGUGCAAAAUUCCUAAACAAGAGUCAUUUUGAGGGCAUUAUGAACCCAUUUUUUGCAUCCAUAUGGUAUCAAUCAUUAUUUUUUUAUUCAAAUACAGUCUUUUAUUAAUUUUGUGCCAAUAUUUGAGAUCUCUACCACUAAUGGACAUUGAGAUAUUAUGAAUAAAACAAGACAUGCUAUGUGGGGUAGCUGGUGUCCUUUAGUGUACAAUGUCCUUCCUUGUUCCCUUCAUAGAUAAAUACACAUAGUUAAAGGCAUUGUUUUAACUCUAGGAAAAUAAACAUCCAUAAUGAAGAAGCAGCUGAAGAAGCUUAUUAUCUGUACUUAUGUGCGUCCCAGCCUCUGAAAUAUUGAUUGGAGUAAAGAAAUACAUGUUGUCUGUAGGCUCAUUUUACUAUAUGUCAUUAAAAAAUAAUUAAUAAACACAUCCAACCUUUUAUGUGGAAACACAUUUAUAAACUUCCACUGGAGCUUGAGAGGGACAUUUAGGAUACCACUUAUUCCUCCUGAUACCAGAGGUUUUAUCAAAAUAUUUCACUUAUUUUCAAUAUCCAGGACCUUACUGGAGACACAAUUUUCAAAUGCCCUCCAUCAACCAAGGCAACUGUCUGUCAAGAGCAUAUAACACUUUGUAGUUUCUUAGGGUUCAAUUUGUAGGCUGUAACAAGUCUGACUUCUUUAUUAUAAACUGUUGUAAUUGUGAUAAGGCUAAUGCUAUUUUAAUGCAUAUUUGUUGAAGUUAUGUUUGUAGUUAAGUGUAUGAUUUUUUGCUCUUUAUAGACGUUUUCAAUGAAUACAGCCACUAAUCAAAUAAAUACAGGGUUAUACUGAUAAUAUUGGUACUAAUGAUUCAACAAAGGUGAAUUUAUUCACAAUAACAGUUGUAGACAUUGACAAAUCUCACCCUGAUCAAAGAGUGUGUCCAAAUUGAAACAGUUCUGCUGGUGGCCACCACACAAGUGAGCAAGUCUGAUCUGUUUCUACAAAGACUGAACUGCAGAUUACGUGUUUUUUUAAUUGUUUGUGAUCUUUUGGAUUCCAUACUGAGGCACAGUAAGGAAUGUUGAUGCUCAGGUUCUGAGAACUGGGUUGAAAGAUAUAACUUCCAGUUCAGCACGCAGAAGCUGUACUUUAGAGUAACAAAAGAGAACUUUUGAUGAGGGCUUUGCAAAGGUUCAUUUGAGAUUACUAUAAAACCUGUUUCUGUGUGAGACAGCAAUUAAUUAUAGAGCACUUAUAGCACUUGUUGAUUGAGGUGAUGGCACAGACUCAAAGAGGUAAGUCACUAAAACAACAAGAAAAUUUUUUAUAGGUGAUCACAGAGCACCAUGAAUAAUGGAGAACAUCAUGCUUUACCACCUUGUUGAUAUGAUAUCUUCAAUUGGUUCACACUAAUUUGACAUAGUGUUAACCAACAUGUCCUAUGCUUAGAAAGAAUUCAGGAGAAAGAUUCACCAACAUUUUCAUCUUCAUUACAGCUACAGACUGUGUUCAACCACCACAGCUUGAUCUGUCUGCCAUGGAGGAGGGUUCAGUACAGGGUGUGUUCAAACACUGCAAGUUAAUCCAUCUGCCAAGAAACACUGUGCAGGCAGAAGACCUCAGCCCGACCCCAGCCCUGUCUCCAGUCCUCCUGCCUCGCCGGCUCAGCCCAUCCCUCUGCCUGGCUCCCGGCUCCAUCCCUUAUACCCAGCCUCAUGCUGAGCCCAAGCCCCCAGGUUCCCCAGGUACCGGUCCAGACCUUGGCCCCAGCCUCCCAGUUUUACCGCCUUAUGCCCCUGGACUUUCCUUCCUGGUUCCCAGUACAUCCACCUGCUCACCUGUUGCCACUCCCCAAUUGUCUUCACUUGCGGCUCAUUACCCCAUCAGUCCCAGUACUACAUAUACCAGUCCUCUGUAAUUCAUUCUCUGCCAGUUUGUCUAUGUUGCUUUGUUGUAGACUUGCGCUACAGCCACCAUGUAUCCUCCUGUUUCUUAUCUGUUACCUGUUCCUGUUGUUACUUGGUAGGCAGAAGGUCAAAACGUGGUUUUGACCUGCCUGCCUUGCCCUUUUGGACUUCUUUGCCUGUUUUGGACUGCCUUUGCCACCUGUAAGCCUGUUGUUUCAGAUUUUGAUUA